CCGGGCGGCCCCGUCACAUCCGUUGGCCGGAGCCGGGUGGGGAAGUUUCUUGGCGCUUGUUCCCAGCAUAAACUCUCGGGUCCCGCUGCUGCGCGCGGAGCGUCCCCCGGGCUCUGGCGGGAGCAGCCGUGGGGCGCGUGAGAGGAGGAGCCGGGCUUGGGGGUGCGAGAUGAAGCCAGGGCGUGGGGAAGCCGGAGCCGCCCUUCGCCUCCUUCCCGGCUGCGCCAGCCCCGCGGCCAGGCGGCUGCUCCCUCCUGCCUGAGCCCCCGAGUGUCCCGCUGCCGCCGCGAUGGGGACGCUGCCCGCGGCUCCCUGCCUCCUGCUGCUCCUGGCUGGCGCUGCCGGGCUGUGCCGGGCUCGCUUCUCCUUCCCCCUGCGGGUGUCUCCGCCGGCCGCCCCGGGGAACGGCUCCGCGAGCAGCCUCCGGCAGGCUCCCCCCGGCGAGGUGGACGGCUUGGCCUUAGCCUCGGAGCCCGGGGCCGCCGUCAGCUUCUUGGCCAUGGUGGAGAACCUGCAGGGGGACUCCGGCCGGGGCUACUACCUGGAGAUGCUGAUCGGGACCCCGCCGCAGAAGUUAAAUAUUCUGGUUGACACUGGAAGCAGUAAUUUUGCAGUUGCAGGUGCCCCAAACCCUGAUGUAACGUCAUACUUCAAUACAGAGGAGUCAAGUACAUAUAAGUCACAAGGCACUGAUGUGUUUGUUCGAUAUACUCAAGGAAGUUGGACUGGAGUGCUUGGCACUGAUAUCAUUACCAUUCCAAAGGGAAUCAAUGGCACUUACACUAUCAACAUUGCUACCAUUCUGGAAUCGGAGAAUUUCUUUUUACCGGGGGUUAAAUGGCAUGGGAUCCUUGGACUUGCCUAUGAUGCCUUAGCCAAGCCUUCAAGUUCGGUGGAGACAUUCUUUGAUUCCCUUGUGAGUCAAGCAAAGAUUCCCAACGUUUUCUCCCUGCAAAUGUGUGGUGCUGGAAUGCCUGUUUCUGGAAGUGGUACCAACGGAGGUAGUCUUGUCAUGGGUGGAAUUGAAUCAAGUUUGUACAAGGGUGAUAUCUGGUACACCCCUAUAAAGGAGGAAUGGUAUUACCAGGUUGAAAUUCUCAAACUGGAAGUUGGAGGCCAGAACCUUAACUUGGACUGCAGAGAGUAUAAUGCAGACAAAGCGAUAGUAGACAGUGGCACCACUCUCCUCCGUCUGCCCCAGAAAGUCUUCAAUGCUGUGGUCGAAGCAAUUGUGAGCACAUCUUUGAUCCAAGCAUUCUCCUCUGGAUUCUGGACUGGUUCCCAGCUUGCAUGCUGGGAUAAGACUGAAACACCAUGGUCCUUAUUUCCUAAACUUUCUAUCUACCUGAGAGAUGAAAACUCCAGCAGAUCAUUUCGGAUCACUAUCCUACCACAGCUUUAUAUUCAACCCAUCCUUGGGAUUGGACAGAAUUUAGAAUGCUACCGGUUUGGCAUCUCUUCCUCCAGCAGUGCCCUGGUUAUUGGUGCUACAGUUAUGGAGGGCUUCUACGUUAUCUUUGACAGGGCUCAGAAGAGAGUGGGCUUUGCAGUUAGUCCGUGCGCAGAAGUUGGUGGCUCUCCAGUAUCUGAGAUUGAAGGCCCUUUCACAACAGCAGAUAUAGCAAGCAACUGUGUCGCCACAAUGACCUUGCACGAACCGAUGUUGUGGAUUAUCUCUUAUGCUCUCAUGAGCUUAUGUGGAAUCAUCCUCCUUGUUUUGAUAAUCUUACUGCUUCUUCCACCUCGCUGUCAGCAUCGCUUCACUGACAAUGAUGUAGUCAAUGACGAGUCAUCGUUAGUGCGUCAUCGAUGGAAAUGAGGAACUUGAUCAAAGUCAAGGAACCUUGGAUUCUCUUAACACAAUUAAGGAUAAAGUUUCCAACCCUGGAGAGAAAGCCAAGGCCUUGUUCCGUAUACAUUAAUCUCAAAUCACUGUUCUACUGCUGGAUACUCUCCAGGCAUAUUGCAUCAUAACUUUUACGCUUUAUUUUCUAACACUGAUUCUGAACCAAAACAUUAUAACUACUCUCAAGUGCUACCUUACUGGUUCUGCUCCUCAAUAGCACAGCUGAACCUUUAAGAUCUCAGUAGUGCGUUUAAA